CUUACUUCGACACGACAUGCGGUCUGCGUUAUUCCUGUCGCUAGCGUCAGUCAGCCUUGCCUUCCAACUACCUUUCACAGUUCCAUUCUUCAAGUCUACAAAAACUAUCCCGAGAGAUGAUUCGGUCCCAGAACAUGGUACCCCGAGAAUUGCAAUCAUUGGUGCAGGAGCUGGAGGAAGCUCCGCUGCAUUCUGGAUAGCCAAAGCUAAAGAAAGAUUCGGUGUCGACGUUGAGAUUGACGUAUACGAGAAGGAAUCUUAUGUCGGAGGCCGAAGCACGACUGUUCAACCUUACGACGAUCCUAGUCUACCACCUGUGGAAUUAGGAGCCUCGAUUUUUGUGAAAGCUAACAAGAACUUGUGGAGAGCAACCCAGGACUUUAAUCUAACCCUCAAAGGUUUCGAGGAUGAGUAUGGGGACACCGGAAUCUGGAAUGGUGAAAAGCUUUUGUUCACUAUGGGGAGUAGCUGGUGGGAUACAGCCAAAAUGUUCUUCAGAUACGGUAUAAAUGCACCAAGACGCACCGAUUCAAUCGUCAAAUCCAUGAUACAAGAUUAUCUUCACCUCUACUCGCAGGACGCACCAAAAUGGGAUAAUAUUAACACUUUAGCCACGACCUUAGGCUUUUUGGAUAUGACUGCAAACACCACCGCAAACUUCUUCGAAGCUAAGGGGGUAGCUGCAAAUUUUGUCCGUGAAAUCAUAGAGGCUGCAACGCGCGUCAAUUACGGCCAGAACACUGACAGUAUCCACGCAUUGGAGGGCGCGUGCUCCCUUGCUACUACAGGUGCAGCUCAGGUAUCAGAAGGAAACUAUCAAAUCUUCCAGCGAUUUUUGAAUUAUUCUCAAGCAACUGUGCAUCUGAAUACCCAAGUCACCCGAAUUACUUCGAGGCCGUCGUCUCUCGGGCCAUGGAUUGUGCACAGCGACCAAGGAUCAAUGGCAUACAAAGGGAUCAUUCUUGCAGCACCUUUCCAUUAUACGAACAUAGAAUUUCCGCCCUCAAUUGCAUCUCAAGUCCCGAAACAACCUUACGUUCACCUACACGUCACUCUUCUCUCUACGAAAUCACCCUCUGUCAAUCCUGAAUACCUUUCUUUACCUCUUUCUUCCAAAGUACCCCCGACGCUUCUAACAACCUUCCAAAACGCUCGUGAAGGUGGUAAAGCACCCGAGUUCAACUCUUUGUCUUACCACGGAAAGAUCAAAGAAGACGAACGGGCUGUCAAGAUCUUCUCUGAGGAGAGGAUCUCUGAUGAGUGGUUGAAAAGAGUUUUCAACGGUCAAGUUGGAUGGGUAUAUCGCAAGGAGUGGGAUGCUUAUCCCAAGCUUCCUCCAACCACGGUUUUCCCUCCAGUCAAAUUGGACACGGGCUUCUAUUAUGUGAAUGCGUUUGAGCCAUUCAUCUCGACUAUGGAGACUGAGACCAUUGCAUCCCGUAACGUCGUUGAUCUGCUCUUGAACGAAGAGUUCAAAUCUAGUAUCUGUGGACCAAGGAUCUCUGGUUCAGAAACUCGGGGUGAGAAGACGGUAGACGAUGAGGACUUUGUUUAUGGCUGGGAUUGUUGAUCAACGCUUGAUUUCGAGCUGCUUUACUAUUCUUCCUGGGAGAUUUUUCAACACUUAUGUUAUUGUACGUAGUUCAAGCCACAAAGUCGAUAACUCACACCAUGAGAUGCAAAAAGCGUCAUUCCAAGAUUUAUUUACUUAUUUAUGCAUUGUUAUUGUUCGAAAAUUAACUUUUUCAAUCGAA